CGCCGUUUGUGCUUGUAAUCCUGGGAGAUUGAUGAACAUGAACGUAAGGGAUCAACAAGAUGCACCUCUAUUCUAGCCACCAGGAGAACGGCAAUCUUGUUUUACUGCAAGGAAUCGUCACCAGCUGGUGGAUGAGCCGAGGUCCCCGUGCCUCAGGCACUUUGAUCCUGCGUGAAGCUGAGCUCGGUGGGGCUGCGGGCGUGUAAAGGCUUGGUGUGCCUGGCUUGUGUGUGGGGAGCACCGUGGGCCCGAGCACUGCUCUGCCGAGGGGUCAGGAAGCAGGGGAUGUGCUGAGGAUUUUUGACAAAAAGCAGAAGUGUCACCGGAGGAAAGAAAAAGAAACAAAACAAAGCCCAGCAAGGGAAACCGUUCUCCUGUCGGCUCCCACGAGAACCUGUGCCUUGCUCUCCGGAACGGCCGUAAAAUUGCAGGGAAAACAAAGCUGGGAGUGUUCACUCUCCCUCCACAAGUAUGGCAACAUCUGCGCAAUAUAGACAGCUUAUAAAUGACUACGGACCCCCAUCUCUAGGCUAUACACAAGGGAUGCAGGGUACCAGCAGCAGUCAAGUACCGCAAAGCAAAUAUGCAGAACUUCUAGCUAUCAUAGAAGAAUUAGGGAAAGAGAUUAGACCCACGUACGCUGGGAGUAAAAGUGCGAUGGAGAGGCUAAAAAGAGGCAUUAUUCAUGCUAGAGGAUUAGUUCGGGAAUGCUUGGCUGAGACGGAACGAAAUGCAAGAUCCUAGCCCUCUGGUUCAGUUGCAAGAUUUUCCAUCUCUUAAUGAAGAAAAAGUAACACUCCUUUUGACUGUUGAAACAUUCAGACAAAUUCCUUUAUUUUGAAUGUUCUACCUUUCUUGUUUUGCCCUUAGAAAAAAUAUAUAGUUAAGAAUGAGAAAACGAGGAUUUUUCAACUUACUGAGGGUUUGCAUUUUGUAAAGACGUUAAAACUCCUUAAAAUGUUUCUAAAACAUGAAAACUGAACUGCAUGCAGAGGAAUGCUCCUUCUCUCCCAGGCUAUAUUUCAGUUCUCUUCUUAUCCAGCCACAGCCUCAUUCUGUUUAUUUCCUUUGACUAUAUUCACUUAACCCCAAACUGUCAAUCUUUCAAAGUUUGACAUGAGCUCUAAGGAUUUUUUUUAAAUAAGUGCAGAAUAGCAUGCUGUACCUAGUAGUCUGCUAAGUCACAAUUUGUCAUACAGCAUAGACCCUGCUUAGAAAUAACCUUCCCCUUCUCUUAUUUUUCCUUGUUUGUUCAUUUUGCAUAAACAUAUGCAUGACUGUUAGUGCUUUGAAGUCCAUUUAAAGUGCAUGAGUUAUAUGAAAAAUAGGGAAACCUAUUAAAUAAUAACAAGGUCCUGGAAAGCUAAUUUCUACAUUAAGGCUGGAGAUUUCAGUUUAAAGUUUGCCAAAAAAAAAAAAAAUUCUGGAUAAAUUACUAAAACUGUUAUUUGCAUCUUUGUAUGUAUUUAUUACUUGACGUAAUAAAGCUUAUUUUCAUUAACA